UGUUGCCAUUGCACGUGUGAAAUUUGUUUAGAUAGUUUUGCUUAAUUUACAUGCACCUAAAACAAUGGCCAGCUCUGAUUCUGGCAGUGAUUAUGAGAUAGAAUUGUACCUAAAGCCAAAGCGAGUGCGGCGUGCUGUUAAUGAUGACACGGCGGACCUCUUGGGCAAUUUCGAUGACGAGAAACGCAAAGAGAUCUUUGAAGGUACCUAUGAAGACAAGGAUGCAAACAAAAACCCAAGCGAUUCAGACAGCAGCAAUGAGGAAAAUGGUGACGACAGUGAAUCUGAAGCAGAACCGGCUGCGGCAAGUGAACCCGGCGAGAACAGUGCAGAAAGUGACGGAGAGGAAGAAGAGGCACAACCAGAUGGACAUAUAACCAGCGAUCAGUUGACUUCGCUGUUGCGUGGCGCCUCCAAAGCAAACAGACAUGUACUGUAUGUGACAAAUCUCAACUUUGAGACUACCAAAGAUGACUUGGAGUCACACUUUUCAGUCGCUGGCACAAUAAAGGGCAUACGCAUACCCAAGAAGCGUCGCGGUGGCUUUGCUUUUGUUGAAAUGGCAGAUUUGGUCAGUUUUCAAAAAGGUUUUCAACUGCACAAUACUGAGUUGCAAGGCAGAAAAAUUAAGGUACAAAUAUCUGAAGCAGGCAAGAAAAAGUCGGCCAACAAAAAAAACAUAAUUAAACAAAAGAAUCGCAAGCUUGCUGAAAUGCGCAACGAACAGAAAACAUUCACAAAAAGUGGCAAAUUCUACGACAAGGACCUGAAGAAGGAGAAGGCCAAGGACCUGCUGGCACGCAAACGCUGGCGCAAGAAUCCAGCGCCACGAAAGUAACAUUACGUGUAAAUUGUAGCAAAGUUCUAUUUAAAUAUAAAUAUAACAUAUA